UUUUGAAUCGGAUGAGUUUCUACCACUUGCCAAUAAACACGGAUGCGAAUCUCUCAAGCAAUUCGAUGUACCUGGACACCUCAGUAUUCUAAUGAAAUGCUUAAGCAGCCAUUGAAGAGCUUUAAACCCUAUAUUCUCCGCACUUUUUCCACCAGCAUUUCAAGAAAAUACCCUUCUCCAAUGGCCACCGCUUCAACCCAGAUUGAUGAGGCUGUCUCUACUCAAGAUAAGUCAACCCAGAUAGUUCCUAAGCCUAUUCAGGUUGCCAAGCGCCUAGAGAAGUUCAAAACUACAAUUUUCACCCAGAUGAGUAUGCUAGCCAUCAAGCAUGGAGCUAUAAACCUCGGCCAGGGCUUCCCCAACUUUGACGGCCCAGAUUUUGUAAAAGAAGCAGCUAUUCAAUCUAUUAAGGAAGGUAAAAAUCAGUAUGCUCGAGGAUAUGGAGUCCCAGACCUCAACUCUGCUGUGGCUGCUAGAUUCAAGAAAGACAGUGGACUUGAUGUUGACCCCGAAAAGGAAGUCACUGUGACUUCAGGCUGUACUGAAGCAAUUGCUGCCACCAUGUUGGGUUUGAUAAAUCCUGGUGAUGAGGUCAUCCUGUUUGCUCCUUUCUAUGAUUCUUAUGAAGCUACUUUAUCUAUGGCUGGAGCAAAGAUAAAGGGUAUUACUUUAAGACCACCAGAUUUUUCUCUUCCGAUUGAGGAGCUAAAAUCAGCAGUAUCUAAGAAUACUCGAGCAAUCCUCCUGAAUACUCCGCAUAACCCCACUGGAAAGAUGUUCACUCGAGAAGAACUCAAUGUCAUUGCCUCUCUGUGCAUUGAGAAUGAUGUUCUAGUUUUUGCUGAUGAGGUUUAUGACAAAUUAGCCUUUGAAAUGGAACACAUUUCAAUUGCUUCUCUUCCAGGGAUGUAUGAACGAACUGUAACCAUGAAUUCUUUGGGAAAGACAUUUUCUCUAACAGGCUGGAAAAUAGGUUGGGCAAUAGCUCCUCCUCACUUGACUUGGGGAGUAAGACAGGCGCAUUCCUACCUCACCUUUGCAACAUCCACUCCGAUGCAAUAUGCAUCUGCUACUGCCCUUAGAACCCCAGAUUCUUAUUAUGAGGAGCUUAAGAGGGACUACUCAGCCAAAAAGGCAAUAUUGGUGGAGGGGUUAAAGGCAGUUGGUUUCACAGUAUACCCCUCGAGUGGAACAUACUUUGUGGUUGUUGAUCAUACCCCUUUUGGGUUGGACAAUGACAUUGCCUUCUGUGAAUACCUGAUCAAGGAAGUUGGUGUUGUAGCCAUUCCAACUAGCGUAUUCUAUCUAAAUCCGGAAGAAGGAAAGAAUCUUGUGAGGUUUACCUUCUGCAAAGAUGAAGAUACUCUUAGAAGUGCAGUGCAGAGGAUGAAGGAGAAGCUGUCGAAGAAGUGAAUACCUUAUUGUU